AGAGACGAAAGAGACGAAGAAGAAGAAAGUCGUGUCAGUGAAGUGUUUAGAAAGAGAGAGACAGAGUGAGACAAAAUCAAGAAGAGAUACUCUUACAAUGCUUCCACUAUCUCUGCUGAAGACUGCCCAGAACCAUCCUAUGCUGGUGGAGCUGAAGAAUGGAGAGACAUACAACGGCCACUUGGUCAGCUGUGACAACUGGAUGAACAUCAAUUUAAGAGAAGUCAUCUGCACCUCGAGGGAUGGAGAUAAGUUCUGGAGAAUGCCUGAGUGCUACAUCAGAGGAAGCACCAUCAAGUAUCUGCGAAUCCCAGACGAGAUCAUCGACAUGGUGAAGGAGGAGGUGGUGUCAAAGGGCCGCGGGCGUGGGGGCACCCAGCAGAACAAGCAGCAGGGCAAAGGAAGAGGAGGAGCCGGGCGAGGUCUGUUUGGUGGCCGUGGCAGAGGAAUGACUGGUCCUGGUCGGGGCCAGCAGCAGCAGCAGCAGCAGCCGCAGCAGCCGCAGCAGCAGGAUAAGAAACUGGGCAAACCACAGGGAAUGAAGAACCAGCACUGAUGGACAACAUUUCACCUUCAGCACAUACUCAGAUCAGUCAGCGAUCAGUCCUCAAAUACAUGAAGAUAAAAAUAACUCUCUGGUGUUUCCUUCCGCUGAUGUUGGUCAAGACUGACCAUCACACUGGGAGAAGUUAAGAGAAGCUGUGCUUUUGCACUGAAUUUUGAUUUUUUAGCAUCUGUAAGUUGCUUUUUUUAAAUUAUGGCCAUAUACCAGUGUAUCAGUCACAGUUGACAGAUUUCUUCUAUAGUAAUUAGUUCAUAAUAUGUAUCAUCACACUGGAAUGAGGUUUUUGUUUUCUGUUUUUCUCUGGUAGUUUUCAUGGUAAAGAGACUGCCCAGCCCCAACUUCUGUUGCAUGAAUAUUUUUUAACUUGCUCUUUAUUUUUGUGAUAUUUGUGAUGGUCUGUGGUUUGUAACCUUUUUGUUUUCCAGCUGCGCUGAUCGCAGCUUUAAACUUGGGGAACGAGGAUUCAGUUCCUGAAAAGUAACACUUUUGUUAAAUCAUUUGUAAGAUGACACGUUACGAUCAUUACAUUUUCCAGCAAAAAUAACAAAAGAUUCUCAUAUUAAGUCUGAAAUAAGUCCAAGUGUGUCUUGCUGGUUGGGUUUCAUUUUAUUUUUGUAACAAAAGAUGGUGUUGUAAUUUAUUUACAUGAGAACACAAGAAUAAAACAACUUUU